AUGAUUGGCAUGACAAUCAUCCCUGGGGUUUCCUUGGAGCAAAAAUGGAACGUCCUAGACGAUGCAGCCAAAGACUCAGUUUGUCUUGAGCUGUGGGACUUGAUAUCCAAACUCCGAAACAUCAGUCACCCAAAAGAGACCGAGGAAAUAUAUCAGUGCCUCGCGGAUGGUUCUCCAUCACGAGACCCGAUGCUUGAGGAUCUACAAACGCCCGCUCGCCCGCUUCUAAACGACCCAGAAGUGCGUGCUAGAAUCUACGAACGGUACAUCCACUGUGGAGGUCGUGAUAAGAAUCAACUGUUUGACAUGCUCCCUCGAUCCGAGCGCUCACUUUUUACACAUGCUGACAUUGCGCCACGUAAUGUCAUGGUGGACGAGCAGAAUCACAUCACUGGCAUUCUCGACUGGGAAUGGGCUGGGUGGUAUCCAGAAUAUUGGGAGUAUGCGCAUAUUAUGCGGCCGGCUUUUUGGGGGAACUGGUCGGUCUGGAUGGAAAAGACGGCGCCAGAGCGGUGGAAUCUAGAGGGAAUCAAUGCUGCCAGGAAGGUUUAA